AUGUCGCGCUUCUUCCCGCACACGUCGUACGCAGAAGACCAGCCGCUGCCGCGCGUCAUCCUCACGACUCACGUGGUCACGCGCGCCGUGGCCGUAGGGUCCGCGGUCGGCGUGGGCGUCGCGGCCGUGCGGCAGGCCGUGCCGCCGUGGCGAGGACCCGACGCCUUCUCGCGCCGCCUUGUGAGGGCGUCGUCUGCCGGCGCGCUCUGCGGCCUGGGCCUCGGCGUCGUUGCAGCGGCCGGCCGCAUGUACGGCCGCGACCUGGUCGAGUGGCAGGACCGGAGCUGGCGGCUGAUGGAGAAUCGGGGCCAGCUCGAGGUGGAUGACUGGACGUAUCUCGGCAUGGCGGCCGGCGUUGGGACUGCCUGGGGCGCCGGCACUUUGAGGGGCAUGGGGCCGAGGGGCGUCGUGGGCGCCGCCGGUGCAGGCAGUGUCGCUGGAUUCUUGGCCUGGGCCGCUUGGCGGUUAGGCCUCAACGGCGGCAAGUACAAGGAGAAGCCCAAGGAGGGCGAUUUGUGA